GGCGGGGCGAUGUGCGAUCACCAUGGCGAGGAGUCUCUGUCCGGGGGCCCGGCUGAGGAAGCCCUGCUGCCUCCAGCAGCCUGGUAACCACAUUCUACUUUCUGUUUCUGUGAGUUUGACUUCUUUGGAAAACUCAUGUUAGAAGCCCCAGCAUGGUGUGACCCAUCUGGUUCUCUGCUCCAGGUUUCACAAGGUUGAACAUCAAGGCAUCCCGGGGGCUGAGUUUCUUUCUGGAGCUCUGGGAAUUGACUUCCAGGCCCUUUCAGGUGGUUUUCAGAACCCAGGUCUGUAGUAGGAUCGAGGACUCCAUUCCGUGCCGGCGUUUGGCUGGGGUUGUUCUCAGUGUCCAGAGGCUGCCUGCACUCCUUGGUUCUCACUCCCUUUCUCCCGCCUCAAAGCCAGAAGCAGGGGGUGGGGUCCCUCGCAUGCUUCCCGUCUCUCUGACGGCUUCCUCUGCCCUUUUCCAUCUUUCUCUGCCUCACCUCUGAUUCCUUCCUCUUCUGCUUUGAAGGGUUUGCAUGGUUACACUGGGUCCACCUGCAUAAGCCAGGGUAACGCUUCUACUUCAAAGUCAGCCGAUUAGUGACCUUAGUUCUCCCUGCAGAGUCUCUUCACAGCAGACUCCAGGUGAGUGUUGGAUUGAACAACCAGCGGGCGGGCAUCUUGGGAGAGACCUUUAGCAUCCUGUCUGCCGCAGAAGGAGCGCAACUGAAUUCUGACAGUUUAAGAAAAUCAAUCAUUUCCUAACAUAGUUUGACUUUUUCCCCCAUUACUGUUAGGCUGAAAGACGUUGCUGUGGAAGAGAUUUUAUGAGAGAGUUAUUAUGACGUUUAUCAUUUCAGCCAUUACUGUGAGAGGAAUCAUGCAUAUUUAUUUUGUAAAGGAAAGAAAAUGCAAAUAGCCACUGAGCAGCCACAUGUGGAGACACUUGUGAGCAGGUUUCACUCAGGCAGUGACCUUUUGGCAGUUCCUCUGUAACACCCCGCGUGGUGUGGCCCAGCCUGUGGGGGACAUGGUACCCGGCACACACUUCUCUUGCAGCAUGUAUGACGUUGCAUUGUCAUCGGCGGUUUUCAUAUCUUCGUUCUGCCUCAGACUGUGAUCUCCCCAACAGCUGAGACGUCAGGAGGAGAUGCUCAGCUCGCUUCUCAUAUGUGCGGAUGAAAUAUCUUUUCUUUUCCUGGUUGGUGGUUUUUGUUGGAAGCUGGAUUAUAUAUGUACAAUACUCUACAUACACAGAACUAUGCAGAGGAAAGGACUGUAAGAAAAUAAUAUGUGACAAGUACAAGACUGGAGUUAUUGACGGGCCUGCAUGUAACAGCCUUUGUGUUACAGAAACUCUUUACUUUGGAAAGUGUUUAUCCACCAAGCCCAGCAAUCAGAUGUAUUUAGGGAUUUGGGAUAAUCUACCAGGUGUUGUGAAAUGUCAAAUGGAACAAAAACUUCAUCUUGAUUUUGGAACUGAAUUGGAACCAAGAAAAGAAAUAGUGUUAUUUGAUAAGCCAACCAGGGGAACUACUGUACAGAAAUUCAAAGAAAUGGUCUACAGUCUCUUUAAAGCCAAGUUAGGGGACCAAGGUAACCUCUCUGAACUGGUUAAUCUCAUCUUGACAGUGGCUGAUGGAGACAAAGAUGGCCAGGUUUCCUUGGGAGAAGCAAAGUCAGCAUGGGCACUUCUUCAAUUAAAUGAAUUUCUCCUUAUGGUGAUACUUCAAGAUAAAGAACACACCCCCAAACUGAUGGGCUUCUGCGGCGACCUCUAUGUGACGGAAAGUGUCGACUAUGCCUCUCUUUAUGGACUAAGCCUUCCGUGGGCCAUGGAGCGCUUCGUCCCGUCGGGGCUCAGCAGCAGCAUGGGCCAGCUCUUCGCACCGGCAUGGCCCCGGAAGGCUAAAAUAGCCAUCGGGCUCCUAGAAUUCGUGGAGGACGUCUUCCACGGCCCCUACGGGAACUUCCUCAUGUGUGACACCAGUGCCAGAACCCUAGGAUAUAACAGUAGGUAUGACUUGAAAAUGCUGGACAUGAGGAAAAUUGUGCCAGAGACAAACCUGAAAGAACUCAUCAAGGACCGUCACUGUGAGUCUGACCUGGACUGUGUCUACGGCACAGAUUGUCGAACUAGCUGUGAUCAGAGUACAAUGAAGUGUACUUCAGAAGUCAUACAACCAAACUUGGCAAAAGCCUGUCAGUUGCUCAAAGACUACUUACUGCACGGUGCUCCCAGCGAGAUUCGUGAAGAACUAGAAAAGCAGCUGUAUUCUUGCAUUGCUCUCAAAGUCACAGCACACCAAAUGGAAAUGGAACAUUCGUUGAUACUAAAUAACCUGAAAACAUUACUGUGGAAGAAAAUUUCCUACACAAAUGAUUCUUAGUUCAUUUGGACAUUGCAACCAUUUUAAGAAACCUAGCCCUUC